AUGUGGGUAUUUGAGGAAGCAGAAACACGGACAUAAGAGGUUUUUCGUGCUCAGGGCCGCCAGCCACUUGGGGCCCAGCCGCCUGGAGUACUAUGACAGCGAGAAGAAGUUCAGGAGCAGCCUGCGCUCCGCCGCAGCGGCUGCCGCGAGCGGCGGAGCGGUUGCCGCGUCCCCCCUAAACGCGUUAUUUACCUCUACCAGUGCUUCACGGUCAACAAAAGGGCGGAUUCCAAAAACAAACACCUCAUAGCGCUUUACACUAAGGACGAGUACUUUGCUAUAGUGGCCGAGAACGAGCAGGAGCAAGAGGACUGGUACGUGGCGGUCAGCGAGCUCAUGAGCGAGGGCAAGAAAGGUCACGUUGACUCGGAUGAUCUAGACGACGGGUACGGGACGGUCACGCCUGGGACGGUGUUCAAGGAGGUGUGGCAGGUGAAUGUGAAACCGAAAGGACUCGGGCAAACCAAGAACCUCACAGGUGUUUACCGGCUUUGCCUCUCAACGAAAACGGUCCACCUGGUGAAGUUGAACUCCGAAACGCCGUGCGUCAACCUCCAGCUGAUGAACAUCAGGCGCUGCGGGCAUUCGGAGAGCUUCUUCUUCAUCGAGGUGGGCCGCUCCUCCUCCAUCGGGCCGGGGGAGAUAUGGAUGCAGGUGGACGAUUCCGUCGUGGCCCAGAACAUGCACGAAACCAUCUUGGAGACGAUGAAGGCGCUGAAAGCGUUUGCGGAGUUUCGGCCGAGGAGUAAGAGCCAGUCGUCGGGCUCCAACCCGAUGCCGUUCAUCACGACGCGGCGACACCUGGGCAACCUGCCGCCGAGCCAGACGGGGCUGCAGCGGCGGUCGAGGACGGAGUCCGUGGUGGGGACGCCGCCGUCCAGUAAGAGCUCCGCGAGUGGUUAUCGCUUCAGGACAUCCAGCGAGGGCGAGGGGACGAUGAACCGGCCGUUCCGAUCCGCCACGGGAAGCCUGGUGCACCUCAACUCGGCGAGGGCGCGUCCGGAAGGGGUUGGCAGCAGCAGCGGCGUAGCAGGGGUUGGCAGCAGCAGCGGCGUAGCAGGUGGUGUUGCCACGGGGAAUGCUGGCACAAGCACGGGCAGCGGACGCUACGUCAGAGCCAUCCCGGGGACGGCGUCCACCUACCACGCCCGAUCCGCCUCCCUGCCGGUGUCCCACUUCCCCUCCACCACCAGUCCAGUGAGCGUGUCCUCAAGCAGCGGCCACGGAUCCGUCUCCGACACGCUAACCCGUCCGUCGAGCGCCUCCAUAUGCGGCUCCCCGUCCGACGGCGGCUUCAACUCCUCAGACGAGUACGGCUCCAGUCCCGGCGACUUCCGGUACUUCCGGGUGCGGAGCAACACGCCGGACUCCCUCGGCAACACCCCGCCAAUCAGAGAGGAGAACUGUCUGAACGACUACAUGGCCAUGGGCUGGAACCGGGAGGUGUUCGGUACCAGCGCGGGCUCCGGAAACAACAGCGGGUGUGACACGCCGCGGGACGAGAGCACGUCGACGACGGAAGACGAUCGCAUCUCGUCGUCGUUGAGGAGGAGGACGCACUCUUUCACCAGGCCGGCCGGCGGUUCCGGAGUUGCGGUUUACCAGAAAAUGACCCAGACGAACUUCUCUCUGGAGGAGGGGUCGGACCUCGUGUUGCCGUUUGGCAGCGGGCUGCUCCGCGGCGGGCCGUCUUCCUCCUCUUCCUCGCUCCGCUCCGACUACAGCUCCUGCUCCGAGCACAGCCAGCAGAGCCGUCCCUCCACGCUCCCCCGGACGGAGGCCGGCGGCGGCGUUGAGCGUCCCCCUCUCCUCCUCUCGUCCUCCUCCUCUGCCAAGGAAGACAGCGGCUACAUGCCCAUGCUGUGUGGCGUGGCUGCGUCUCCGCGGGACACGCCUCCCGACUACAUGCCUAUGCAACCCAGCUCUUACUCCCAUCCCGUCUCCCAUUCCCCCCAGUUUCACAGUCCGGCUUUAGGCGCCCGUUCAGCCCACCACCACCACCCCCACCACCACCCUCAGCUCCAGUCCCAAUCCCAAUCCUCCGCAGACUCCCACGGCUACAUGAUGAUGCUCCCGGGGGCCAGUGGCAGCUCCCCCUCCCCGGGGCAGGUCCCCAGCCCUCACAGAAGCUCCAACGCAACAGGUGCCGGUGCGAGAGACAGCAUAGCGGAGAGACCAGAGAACGGGGAAUAUAUGGACAUGUCGUACUGCAGCGGCGGGGGCAAGCCCUCAAAUGAAGGCAGCAGCGGGUAUUACACAGCCGGCACGCCCGAGGGCACCCCAAAGUCUUACAGCCCUUAUUUCUCCCUCCCUCGCUCCUACAAAGCCCCCACCAGAGACCGAGACGAGAAAGAGUACGGAGAGUACGUUCCUAUGAGUUCUCCCGCCAAGCCAGUCUAUUCGUCAGUUGCCACGGCUUCCAUGUCGACACCAGAGAAGAAGGGCGGGGGAGGCAGUAACACCUCCACCCCCUCUCACCCACCCCCGCCUUACGGGGCUCACCAUACGACGGCGGCGAUGGCCGACCGACGCGCCGCGAGGCCCAACCGCCUCCCUUUAGGCAGGAGGAGUUUCCACGGCCCGCUGCGGGUUAGUGAGCCCUCCACGGCGUCGGCGGGCAGCGCCGCCUCGGUCCCCGCCGCCGUCAGCUCAUCAGAAGGGCCCUCCAGUCCCGGCGAGUACAUCAACAUUGAGUUCGGGGAUCACUACCCCCACCAACAACAGCCCCCUGCUUAUCCCCUCUCUGCCCAAGAUGAAGCGCCUUCCCUGGGAUCUAGUGACCGCGGUCACUCCCCUCACCAGGACUACAUGAGCGUGGAGGUGGCGGCGGACCCGGAGGACGGCGCCGGAUGUCUGGGUAAAAACCAGUCGCCCCGACCCAGCCUCGUCGCCCCCUGGAACCCACCCAGCUACAUCCGACCCCUGGCCAGCAACCCUGGGGCGCUGGCCUCCCGCGUCUCCGCCGCAGGCCACUGGAAGUCGAUGGGGGACGACUACACGGACAUGACGUUCAACCUAAGCAGAGGGGAGAGGACGCAAACGAGCCCCACGGCCAUGCUGCAGCACCUCUGCGUGAUAGAGGGACGUUACGGCCACGCCCCCCCCUCUUCGUCCAACGCAAUUUCCCCCCCUCUUCCUCCAUCAAGCCCGGAAAGAGCGCCGACGCAACAGCUGGAACCCAAGGUGGUCCGCGCCGACCCACAAGGCAGGAGAAGGCACAGCUCGGAGACGUUCUCCUCUACAUCCUCCUCUAACUCGACUCCCUCUGGAGGAGGAACCGCCCCCGCAUCCUCAUCCACCCACCCGGCACCAACCAACCCCACGGCCCCCAACGGCUCGUACCUAACGGACGGUCAGGCUUCCAGGUGGGCCAGCUCGGCGUCUUUCGACAGCAUGUGGGUGUCCAUGGAGGGUCUGGGGGACUUGCCGGCUCCCCACGCCCCGGUCAGAUCCAUGGAGAUGGGCGCCGCCUCGGCAUCCUCCUCCGGAUCUGGCAGGAUGUGCAGGAACAUGUCCGUGGGCUACCAGAACGGCCUGAACUACAUCGCCCUGGAGCUGAGGGACGACGGGAGCAGCACGGGAGCCGUGGCGUCGGGAGCCGGUGGCAGCCACGGGAGCUCGGCGGCGGCGGCGGCGGCGGCGGUGGCACCUCUGCCGGAGAACGGAGCCUACGCCAGUAUAGACUUCACCAAAUCUGAUGGAGUCACCACGACAACCAAGGACUGAGCGAUCGAGGUUCCCCACCUUCGUCCUCCUCCUCCUCUUCCUCAUCUCUCACUUGACUCUGCCUGUGACCUUUUUUGGCCUCCUCACCCCCCAAACCCUCCGCCACUGCUGCUGACCUCUGACCUCUUCAGACUGAUGCAGAAAAACAACAACAACAACAACAACAGAUGACAAAAACGCUUGCAGAUUUUUAUAAGUGUAUCUCAUCUUAUCAUUUUUUUUUGUGUUUUUAUAUGCAUAUCUUUGUCCUGUUUCUUUUUUUUUUAAUCAUAUUGGAUGCUGCCAGUGUGCGCUGCUCUUUUUUCCAACAGACGUCGGUCAGUGGAGUCCGGUUGAGUCUCGUUAUCAGGUGGUUCUACUUCUCCAUACGGUAUUAAAAAGGGAGGCUGGAUACGAAGCAAAGGCAUUACGGUACAAAAAAGACAUUUUUUCAUGUUGCGUUGAAUUUAAAAUAUUAUUUUUUAUCUUUUUAUUAUUAUAUUUUUUACCCCCCCCCCCCACCCCCAUGCAUUACCCUUCCUCAACACGGUACCGAACAGUUAUUACACAUUGUGGACACAGUUGUAGUACAGAAUGUAUUUUUAUUAUCAUUAUUUUUGAAUGGAUUACUCCCUUAAAGAAACGGUACAAGUGGCAUUAAACGAGUACCGAGCUCGUUCCCUUACCGGUCAGCGUGCCAGUUCAAAAACUAAACUGGGAGGGAAAACGGAGCUAUGGUGUCGUGCCAGUAUCAAAACAACAAACAUGUUCUGUAGCACAUAUUGUUAUUUAUUCGUUGCAAAAAGGUACAAAUAUUCCGAUACAUUUCUGUCGUUUGCUUUACUCCGCGGGGCGACGUCUCCUCUGCAAGUUACUCUGCAGAUAACAGCAGAUAACAGCUGUGUUUUAAAGGGAUAGUUCAACAUUUUUUAAGGUAAUGGCUUUCUUGUCGAGAGUUAAAUGAAAAGACUGAUACCACAGUAGUGUGUUUCCAGAGCGAUCCGACUGUUUUGUGCAACCGAUCUGAACGCUUUUAGUUGAAGAUCUCUUUUUCUCUUUAGCUCUUUCACCCGGAGAAAGAGGCAAACAAGCGUUUUUUUAGACGCUCAUAAAAGUUUUGAAUACACUCAACUUUCCAGCGUGGAGUUGCAGUGCUCAUUGAUGUCAUACUCGGUCCAGGCAGCCAAUUAAAUCCAGCAAGAUUUGAAUUAAUUAUGAUGAACUAUAGAAGAAAACAGCGAACUAUCCCUUUAAAAAAAUGAAAAAAUAAUAAUGAAAGUAGCUUGUAGAGGUUUCGGAAGCUCGUGUUCUCUUUUACAGUUUUACCUCACAA